UCAGCUCCCCUUGACCCCUCGUUAAGGGAGCUCUCAUGAGAUACAUUGCGUUAACUAGGACCCCGCGGAAUCCACGACACUCCAGCCAAGCUGUCGGCUCUCGUGACAGGACGCCGCGCGCCUCAGAUCUCCCAUCACAACCAAAAUGGCGACGAGGGGAGUGGGCUCUCUGUCUUGAGGAACUGGACUUCAUACACCGAGUGCUGCUGGUCUCUCUUCUCAGCCCAAUAUUGCACACGCUGUGAAAGAACACAACCCCGGCUCUCAGUAUUGUAAGUGGGCGGCGCUUGUCCUUCGUUAUGAAAAGGCUCUCCGGCGUUAUCACGUUGUGUUUUUAUCCGCUAUGUUGACGGAAUGUGUCGCGCUGUCACUGGGCUGCUGGGAACCGUUGUGUUCUGAGCUGACAGUAUAAAUAUUGACGAUCCUCGUCUUGCAUCGGUGGCAGUGAACAACACGGGUGUCGUUUUCUGAAACGGAAAUCCUCGUUGGAGACCUAUUUUACCAGCGUACACUACUACGACUACUAGGACGAUUGGACAAUCUGAAGACAUAACCUGCUGUGAUGGAAGAUGAUGGAAGACAAAGGCUUUCGUGUUGCCGAUUACUUUGUGGUGGCGGGUUUGACCGAUUCAUCCAAACCACUCGAAGAGGAAAUCCACUUCAAUGACAUCUGCCACAAGAUCGCCAAACCCAAAGCCCCGAUCACAGACGUGGCCAUCAUCAUUAAAUCGCUAGGAGAGGAGGUGCCACAAGGCUACACAUGUGUGGACACGACUCCAACAGGACUGUCUGCAGAUCUCAACAAUGGCAGCCUCAUGGGACCCCAGAUCUUCCUGUGCUACAAGAGAGGCAGGGAUAAACCACCUCUCACUGAUCUUGGGGUUUUGUACGAGUGGAAGGAAAGACUCAAGCAGGGCUGUCAUAUUAUUCAAACCACUCCUUCCGGACGCCCUGCUAAUAUCAGCAGCCCCUCAUCACAGAGGAUAUAUAUUACUUACCGGCGCGCCCCAGACAGCAUGUCUCAGACUUCCCUGGCCGUGACAGACAUAUGUAUAAUCAUUCCAAGUAAAGGAGAGACCCCGCCACACACCUUCUGCAAGGUGGACAAAAACCUCAAUAGUAGCAUGUGGGGCUCGUCUGUAUAUCUUUGUUACAAGAAGUCGGUGGCAAAGACCAAUACCAUAGCAUAUAAAGCUGGUUUAAUUUGCAGGUAUCCAGAAGAAGACUAUGAAUCAUUCCCUUUACCUGAAUCUGUGCCUCUCUUCUGCCUGCCCAUGGGUGCAACAAUCGAAUGCUGGCCUUCCGAAACCAAAUACCCACUCCCUGUUUUCUCUACAUUUGUAUUGACUGGAUCUUCUGGAGAAAAGGUGUACGGCGCUGCAAUCCAUUUCUAUGAGCCCCACGCGCAGGAGAACCUCACUGACAAACAGCGCUCCCAACUGGGACUGAUCAGCGCCACCAAUCGCAAACCCAUUGUCUCCAAAACCAUCCACACCAACAAGUGCAUAUGUCUGCUCUCCCACUGGCCUUUCUUUGAUGCCUUUAGGAAGUUUCUGACAUUCCUGUACCGAUACUCGAUCUCUGGCCCUCAUGUACUACCCAUUGAGAGACACGUAUCCCAUUUCAUGCACAAAGUUCCUUUUCCGUCGCCUCAAAGGCCGAGAAUCUUGGUGCAGCUGUCGCCACAUGAUAACUUGAUACUGAGCCAGCCUGUAUCAUCACCAUUGCCACUUAGUGGUGGCAGGUUCACUACCCUGCUGCAGAAUCUCGGCCCUGAGAAUGCGAUCACGCUGCUGGUGUUUGCAGUCACAGAACACAAGAUCCUGAUCCACUCGCUCAGGCCAGCCGUGGUCACAAGCGUGACCGAGGCAUUGGUCUCUAUGAUUUUCCCUUUCCACUGGCCCUGCCCAUAUAUUCCUCUUUGUCCUUUGGCAUUAGCAGAUGUGCUGAGUGCCCCUUGCCCGUUCAUAGUCGGGGUCGAUUCGAGAUACUUUGAUCUGUAUGAUCCGCCUCCAGAUGUCAGCUGUGUUGAUCUGGACACUAACACGAUAUCACAUACUGAAGAUAAGAGGGCUUUGACCUGGAAGAUUCUGCCAAAGAAGGCUUGCAAAAAUCUGAUGAAUUUGUUGAAUAACAUUUACCAGGAACUAGCAGAAUCACAACAGAGACCAAGAGAAGAUGGGUUGAUGGAGUUAAGCAUGAAUGACUAUGAUUUUAACUCUGGGAAGAGUCUGCAAACCCUGGAAAUGGAGAUACAGGAGGCAUUCUUGCGCUUCAUGGCCUCGAUAUUGAAGGGAUACCGGUCAUACCUUCGUCCCAUUACACAGGCCCCCUCUGAGAAGGCAACUGAUGCUAGCUCUCUGUUCGACUUGCAAGGCUUCCUGAAGAGUCGGGAUCGCUCUCACCAGAAGUUUUACUCGCUGAUGACGAAGACGCAGAUGUUUAUUCGGUUUAUUGAAGAGUGUUCCUUCGUGAGCGACAAGGAUGCAAGUCUGGCAUUUUUCGAUGAUUGUGUAGAUAAACUGUUCAGCACAGAGCACAGUACUGAUAAAGGACUAAAGGUGGACCUGGACAAGCUGGAGGAGAUGCGUCUGAUUGAGCUGGACGAGUCCCAGCGCAGUGAGCACACUGUGUUCAUCACCCCCCCAGAGCUCCCAGCUCUGCCUGAUGGAGAGGAGCACCCUCUGCAGUACAGCUACAGUGGCUUUCCUGUGCUGAUCCUGGAGCUGUUUGAUCGACCGGAUGGUUUGCUGAAGACCCCGGCUACCAGACUGACCUCGAAGCAGAGCUCUCCCACUAGCCCCUCACCCAUGUUCAGGAGGACUAAACAGGAAAUCAAGUCAGCCCACAAAAUUGCAAAAAAGUACUCGUCCAUACCACAGAUGUGGUCCAAGUGUCUCUUGCGACACUGCUACGGCUUGUGGUUCAUCUGUCUGCCUGCGUACGUCAAAGUGUGUCACUCAAAGAUCAGGGCUCUGAGAACGGCAUACGAUGUGCUGAGAAAAAUGCAAGUCAAGAAACUUGAGCCUCCUGACGAGGUGUGUUACCGAGUUCUGAUGCAGUUGUGUGGACAGUAUGGUCAGCCAGUUUUAGCAGUUCGGGUUCUUUUUGAAAUGAAGAAGGCUGGUGUUCACCCCAAUGCUAUUACAUACGGUUAUUAUAACAAGGCUGUUUUAGAAAGCACUUGGCCUUCCAGUACUAGGGGUGGUUACUUUCUCUGGAUGAAAUUGAGAAAUGUCCUUCUAGGAGUUGUGCAGUUCAGAAGAGCCUUGAAAAAGCCCCAGUCACACCCCCCACAGACCCCUCUCUCAGAUGGCAGUGACCUGGAUGCUGUUAGUCAUGGCAGCUUGGAUAGCUCUAACGACACUAACACAGCGGAACAGGCUCCGUUCAGCACUGAUUUAAUCAAAGUAGAUUCUACUGAUGAUAGAUCUAGCACAGGUGGUCAGUCUGACCUUGGGUACAACUCUCUGUCGAAAGAGGAGGUGAGGCGGGGUGACGCUGCUACACAGGAUGGUCCAGUGGAGACGGAGGACAAGAAGGAGAGCGACUCCAGCUCACUUUCAGAAAGCGAGAGUGUAAAGGGCAGUGGUGACUCUGUUCCUCAGUUUGAUUGUCAAGAAGCAGCCUGUGGAUUUAAACCUCCCGGGGGAAUCGUCCGUGUCAGCUGCCCUUUUGAGGCAGUCAACGAGUCAGGCGACACGAGCAAUGAUCCUGUUGCAGGACUUAUGUUCACCACCUGUUUAGAGGAGAUUGGCUAUGUUCAAAACAACAGCCUUCGGAAGAGACACAAGAGUGCCGUAGAAGGGAGUUUGAAGGAACCGAUGAGCUGGGGAGACCGGAACCGCAACCUCAGUGGAGACACAAUCCUGGGGCUGCAGAUGAACAAAAGGGGGGUUGUGGAGACUGACACCAGGAAGAUGGCUGAGAAACUGGGAGCCGACAUCAAGAUCCUUUCAAACGCUGUCCAGACCGUGAGACCGAACACUCUGGACAUUGGAAACGGCACCCACAGGUCAAAAGCUGUAAACCGAGACAGUCCGGAGAAGGACUCCAGCGACGAAGACGCGGCUUUCGAAGCUGAUAAAAUAGACUCGCCCUCUAUCUUCAACCUAGAGGACCUUGACGACGAGCCGGCCAGCGCUGGGAAGUCUGUGAAAGCGGCGGCUCGGAAGCCACGCAGGGUGGAGAGGUCCAGCAGCAGCAGCAGCUUUGCAGCCAGGCCGGUCGAGAUGGGCUUCGACCCUCUCUCCCUGUUUGCAGCCCAGACGGAGCAGCAGACUGAGGAGGAAGAGGAAGUGAGGAGCCUCUCCACCCCCUCCGCACGGAGAGAGCUGGCCGAGGAGAUCGAAAUGUACAUGAACAACAUGAGCAGCCCCCUGGUCAGCCGUGCCCCCAGCGUGGACCUACAGAGGACGAGGGACGACGACCCCACCUGUAUCCAGAGCCCCUCCAUGGAGGAAAAGAACUCCAGGAGGUCCAGCCUUCCCCCAAGCUCCCCCAGAGCUGUGGGGCUUCCACGCUCCAGGACCUAUCACUCCAAGACAGACAGCAAGCUAAGAGAGAGGCUGUGGUCGUCUCCCUCCUUCUCAUCGAACAGCCCGCAGAGGGAGCUGCCUCCAGACCCCGAAGGAGCAGUGGCGCUGAUGUCCCCGUCGUCUUUUAAUCUGGACACCUUACUAACACCCACCUUUGAUGUGCUCAAGAGCAGCAUGUUUUCAGCAGGGAAAGGAGUAGCAGAAAAAGCCAGCAAGUGGUAUUCCAGAUUUGCUACCUACUCCACUUCUUCUAAGGAUCUCAAUUACGACAGAUCUAGCAUAUCAUCUGGUGGGUUGAUAGAUCCGGAAUCCUCUUCAUUGAUGGAUGAUGAUGUCUACAGUGAAUAUGAAGGGGCAGCGUCCCCUCAAGGAAACAAUAUUGCAUACGUGGCUAAGGGGGUGGGACAGAGCCAAACAUCUCACGACAGCACUUCAAAGCAACCACAUCACACAGGUAGUGUACUGUCCACAGGCUCCAACUUCCCAUUGCCUGACAAGUCGGAACUGGAUUCAUCUCGUUACACCAGCAACACCAGUAUAUUUCAAAAUUACGCCAUGGAGGUCCUCAUUUCAAGCUGCUCGCGCUGUAAGACCUGCGACUGUCUGGUCUAUGAUGAGGAGAUCAUGGCGGGAUGGACUGCAGACGACUCCAACCUCAACACCACCUGUCCCUUCUGCGGGAGUCCCUUCCUGCCCUUCCUCAACAUCGAGAUCCGAGACCUCCGGGGACCCGGCAGGUGUUUUUUGAAGUACGGCCCAUCUGUGGAGGAAGGCGUGUCCACAGCCUGCUCUACGGUUCCUAACGUGGAGACCAGGAAUUCUGUCAUCUCCCCUGCUGACCCAGACAUGGCUGUCUCUCCGAAGAUCACAGUACCGGAAUGCCCAGAUCCCGAAAGUAGAAGCACUCGCUGUGGAUGCACCCCUGCUAAGUCCAUUGAGAUUCCCUCGGAGAGGAAGUGGGGUGUCAGUGAUUCGGGCUGUGCGGGGCACCCCAUGGCUCGGAGCGCCACUACCUUCUAUCCACUGGAGGAGGACGAUGCCCCCCGCAGAAACACCCACAGUGUACCCACAGGGAGCCUGCCCUCCAGGUUCAGUGAUGUUGCAGAUCUUCUGAGCUUUGAAUGGAGGCUACACAAUCCAGACCCGGUCACGGUUCCCUAUCUCAGUCCUCUCGUACUGUGGAAAGAACUGGAAAGCUUGCUGGAAAACGAAGGGGAUCAUGUGAUAACGGUGGCAGACUUCGUGGACCAUCAUCCCAUUGUGUUCUGGAAUCUGGUGUGGUAUUUCAGACGACUUGAUCUGCCAAGCAAUUUGCCAGGCUUAAUACUGUCCUCUGAACAUUGCAACAGAGGGUCAAAGGUUCCUCGAAACUGGUUGUCAGAAGAUAGCAAACAUGUUUUAAUCCAGAUUCUGUGGGACAAUCUUAAACUACACCAGGAUCCAGGACAGCCGUUCUACAUCCUGUGGAACACGCACAGUAAGUGCUGCUCUGGUGUGAAAUACCCCAUGGUAGACUCUGUUCAAAAGGGAGAGGAGCCUUUCAAUGAAGAGUUCUUGCAGAGCGUGGUGAAGAGCAUUCAGAUGAACGACGUCUAUCGGCCCAUGAGUCAAAUCUUAGAGAUUCUAGGUAAACAACUGGGCAUGAAAAGACAGAGAAGCUUAUACAGAGAAAUCCUGUUCCUUUCUCUGGUUGCCCUUGGAAAAGACAACAUUGAUAUUGAUGCAUUUGAUAGAGAGUACAAGAUGGCCUAUGAUCGUCUGACUCCCAUCCAGGUGAAGUUUACACAUAACUGUGAUCGUCCUCCCAGCACUGGAGUCAUGGAGUGCCGCAAGACCUUCGGAGAACCGUAUCUGUAAAAACCAUCCCCACCACACGAGGCUGCGCUGUACAGGCAGAAACGCAGCCCAGCAUCAGUGUCAUCUCAUCAGGCAGAUGUUUAAAGCUGUCUUCAUGUGUGCAAUUCAAAAAAGAAAAACAACAAUGCAAGAAUAGCUAGAAUCAACUCUUAAAAUACUGUAAAUUAAUACAGCGUUAGGUCAAGAGCAGGUAACGCAGAAGUGAAGCUUACCACUUGCACAUUUCACGUUUCUGACACUGGCAGCACAGUGUGAAACGCACAGCAUUCAAAUGCUGUUUCAGCCUGUUACAUGUGCUGUUUGCUAUUCUUCAAAAUGUACGGUACUGGAAUUGAAUGUCCUUUUAAACAACAUCACAGAAAUGUACAAAGUGUGUUGAAUACAAUGCAAAUGUAUAUACUACAUUAGAGCCUUUUAUAAAUGAGCAUUUGUACUAUAUAGCGAUAUCAUAAUAUUGGCAAUAUUGUACCUUAUUACUCAACUAUUUAUAUAACCGACAUUAUUUAUUUCAAAAUGUUUUGCUUGUAGUUUGUGUGUUAUCGCUGAUCAAGGUGACUCCUAUACAUUUAUAAUAUAGGGGGUGUGGAUUUAGUAGCGGGUCCUUGGGUACGCAGGUACAUAUGUACUUAUAUCAUACUUCCAUUUUUAUUAAAGCUUCUCGAAUUGUGUUGAAACUUGGUACCGGUCGUUCCUUGGUAGGUCAUAGUGACUAAAUCUUGGAAGUCACUUGUUCAGAUUUGAAUAUUUGUAAACGUUUACUACAAGAAGCUAUUUAACAAAAUGUAAAUGCAGGUUCUGGUGACCUCCUUUCUGACCACUGAUUAGCAGAAGGCUAUCUUUGAUAGAUUUUGACGGAUCUUGAAUUGGCCACUAUGAGAUGUUUUUUGUACAUGUACAGCUACCGCCAAAAGUUUUGCAUCUCCUAGAAUUUUAGGAUUGAGACAUUAAUUUAAAAAAAAAAAUAACCGUCUGAACAUCAUUUAGAUCUUUUAUUUAACAUCAUGUACAAAGAAACUACAAAAUGAUAUCGCAAAAGUCUACCGGAAUGUCUACAGACAUUUCGAAAUCCUCGCUUUUUUCAGUUUUUCGUUAAGUAUAUGGGAAAACUGCAAAGCAGUAUGUAAUCCGAUAUGUUAACGUAACAUUAUUCAGCAGGUUUCAUUUGACUUUAUAAAGCAAAAUUAUUCAUUCUAGAGGGUGAUGCAAAUCCUUUGGCCAUCACUGUAGAUGUAUGCAUGUUACAGACAACAAAUACGUGUGAUAACCACCUUGAAUAGCUCGUUUGUGCUGCAGUUAAUUAAAUACAAAUCUACUAGAAGCAGCUCCUGUUCCAGCACAGAAUAGUCACUUUUUCAUUCUGCUUGGACCCGCUGAUCCGCGGCAGCACAAUAAAUGUUUCUAAUUGUUUUAUUAAAAUUGUACAGACUUUUUAGCAGGGAUUUAUCUAGUGAGUUAUAAAAAUAUUCAAGGUAAACCUUGAAAUGUUUUUAAACCUUAAAGUCCUUGUACUAUAUUUGAGGCAUUCAUGUACACUGUAGUCUAACAGUAUGCUUGAAAUGGGUACACAUGUAUGCAGUGCAAUACGAAAUGCGUUCCAGUAUGUCGCGUGGUUACUGCUGGGGCUCCCAGGGUAUAGAAGUGCUACAGUUAAUCAGGUGAUGCUUUUCUCACUGCCAGUAAUCAAGCACAGGAACAUCGAAAGUGCAUAAUACUACAGCAGUGCCCUUGCCUUGGCGAUGUAUUCCCUGCUGGGGAGGGGGGCUUUAACCUCCGCAGAACUCAAUUGAGAUGCAUUGCCAUAACUCCGUCUUGAUGCUGACGUGUGAUCCACUUACCCUGUUCCCUUUCCAUAGGUCGAAAUCCAUAAAAGGCUUUCAUUUUAACCUGAGAAUUUGACAGAGUAGUGCACUUUUCAGUGUAAAUGGGCCCUGUAGGGGGAAGGCUGCUGUUGUAGCUCAUUGGCUUGGGCAAACUGAGGAGAGUCGACAUUUUUGUAAGUCCUUCCUCAGACUUCAGAGUUCUGCACAACAAUUCCCCUGCUCUAGAGAUGUCUGCUGCUUACUAAUCGAUCGUACAUUUUAAUAGACCUGUCAAUUACAUUGAUUGUUCCGAAACAUUGUAUAAGCAUUGGUUUGUCAUGAUACAUAAUGAUUUGUUUUAAUAGCUUCUCCAAAUGCCAAAACGGCCUGGUGACUUUAAUAUUAUUCUCGGUUUUCAGUUCAGGUUUUAGAAAACAAAACAAAACAAAACAAAACAAAAAAAACGGUAUAUCAAUGUUUUUGUUGCUUACCACUUUUUAAACUGGCUAAUAUUAAAGAGUAUGUAAAAGGUACAAAUAUUGAAUAAUGUGGGCUAACGAUGGUAUGUGUCCUAAUAAAUACAGCAAUACUUUUAAUCCUUUAAGUUGAUUUUUAGAGGGUCUUUUAAUUAUGCUUUGUAAAUGCUGUUAGGUCAAUCAAUCAAUAUUUAUUUUAUAUAGCGCCUUUCAUAGUGGACCACCAUCACAAAGCGCUUUACAAGAUAGUGAGGAACAAUGCAUAAUACAUUAAAUACAGUGAAAUACAGGGCAUAGUACAUUAAAUACAAACAGUAAAAAAUAAAAGAGAGAUCCAUUCUGUUUUUUGAAUCGGUAUGUAUUGACAGUACUGGUUGUAGUACUGAAUCCCACCUUGCUAUGUAUUUAUUAGUGGCUUAUUUAAGGUGUGUGGGUGUGUUUACAUGUACCCUUUAUUAUUAAUCAAUUUGAAGCAUAAAAUUACAGAAGAUGUUGCCCUGAGGAUCUUUCAGAGUUUAGGUUGGCAUUAAUAAAGACCCUUUAAAAAUAUGAAUGUACUGCCCAACAUAAAAUGUAUGUAUAUUGGUGUUUACAAGAUUGAUUUGAUGGGGGGGUAUUGGCUGUUGUAAAGGUGCAGAAAUGACCUUGAAAAGGUACAGUCGGGUGUGGAGGGAGUCUCUAACACAGGAUAGCCAAACCCACAUUUCUUCAAAGUGCUAGCUUCUUUGUUUUUUGUUUUCUAAUUGCUUUAUACAAAUUGCACAUUGACCUCGGAGAUGAUCUUAAGAAAGAGGACGAUAAGCAUGCUGGGAGAGCGUUCAGGUUUAAUAUUCUUAGCUCCAUAUCUAAGCCAGCAGGAUGAGCUCCUCUUAAGAGGCAGGUCAGAUGAGAGCUGGCACAUCACUGAAGUACAGCAGAAUGCAGAUCUGAUGUGAAUCCCAAUUCUUCUUGCACUUGCUUUGAAACACUGAGCCUCAGAAUAAGUGCUGUGAUUCAGAUGUGUUCCACUCUUCUGCUGCACCCGCACGUGAUUUCAUAACUAUAGCCAAUUCCAUUUGACCAAUUACCCAAAGUGGAGUAUGUAUUCAAUAUGUAUAUUAAAACAUAAGACCCCAAUUACUGAAGUCUUGUGGUUCUCAAAUAUGUAUUGUAAAAAGAAACAUAUCUCACUUCUGAAUUUUUCAAUGUAACUGCUUAUGUGUCAUUGUAAAUUUCAUGAGCUUCUUGUCUGAAAUAAAUACAAAAUUGUACCUUUUUAAUUCUUCAUAGUGCUUUGCCGUUUACAGAACUGUACAGAAAGCAAAGGCCCUUCAAGACAAUGUCAUGAAAUGUAUUUUGACUGUAUUUGCAUGGUCAACUUUGUAAUUCUGUAAAUAAAAUCACUCAUACCAUAGACUA